CUAUAAUCUAUCCAUGUUCCAAUCCGAAAAGCAUAUUGUAAAGCUGAGCAAGUUAAAAAUGAACCCCCCAAAAAGAAAGUAUCAUCAUCAUCAUUUCAUGUUGUCUGCCCCUCUCUCUCUCUCUCUCUCUCUCUCUCUUGACGUCCAUUUCCAUUAUUCAGUUUCAUUCUCUCUUUCAUCCCCUCCGUUAGCUUCCUAAUUCUGUUUAACUACCUUUUCUGGUGCGGUGCAUAUAUAUAUCAACCACAGCCAUCACCUUCUUUCCCCCAUCUCAUUUUGCUGCUUCUGAUGCUCAUUACCCAAAAUACAGAUCACAAAGAAAGAAAGAAAACCCUCUUUAUUUUCAUCAGCUGAUGCUCGUCUGCUAGCUUCUUGUAGUUACCCCAUUCUGAACUGUGUAAGCUUCAAUUCUCGCUCCCGUCCUUCCGCAAAAGCGCCAUUGUAGGUCCGAUGGCGCAAUUGCCUCCCAAAAUCCCAACCAUGCUGCCUUCAUGGCCAGAUUUCUCGCCCGACCAGAAAUUGCAUUCCCUUGGUGCAGCCAUUCUGCCUUCCCACCACGCCGCCGCCGCCGUCCCUCCUCCUCCUCCUCCUUCCGCCGCCCACAACAACGGUCACCCUUCCUGGGUUGACGAAUUCCUCGACUUCUCCUCUACCAGGCGCGGGACCCACCGCAGGUCCGUCAGCGAUUCCAUCGCUUUCCUCGAGACGCCAAUGCUCGACGACUGCCGCGCCGCCCCUCCAGCCGGCGGCGUCCAUCGCCCGGCGGGUAACAACCGCAACAACCCCCACGAUUUCGACAAAUUUGAUGACGACCAGUUCAUGUCCAUGUUCUCCGACGACAUCUCCAACCCGGUCACCGGUCCCAACUCCUCUUCCAACCCUUCCACGCCCUCCGAUCACAACAGCUUUAACGAGGAGAAGGAAGGGUGCGGCGGCGGCGAGCUGAAGAAUAUCCGGAGCGAGGCGGACGAGGCGCAGAGCCCAUGCGAUUCGGAUUCCCAGCAAACGACGCCGUUCGACGGGGACCGUAUAGUCGACCCCAAGAGGGUCAAGAGAAUUCUGGCGAACAGGCAAUCGGCGCAGCGGUCACGGGUUAGGAAGCUGCAGUACAUAUCGGAGCUUGAACGGAGCGUCACUUCCUUACAGACGGAAGUAUCGGUGUUGUCGCCGAGAGUUGCAUUUCUGGACCAUCAGAGACUCCUUCUGAACGUGGACAACAGUGCUAUAAAGCAGCGGAUUGCAGCUCUGGCUCAGGAUAAGAUCUUCAAAGAUGCUCAUCAAGAGGCACUGAAGAGGGAAAUCGAGAGACUGAGGCAAGUUUACCAUCACCAGCAGAAGCUCAAGACGACAAUGGAGAAUAGUAACCAGGACGACGACAACAGCAACUCAGUAGGAACACAGCACCAGAGUCAUAAUAGCGAACGCCCCACCAACAACAUUACAGGAGGAGGAAGUGGUGGUGGUGCGGAGAAAGAGCAGCAGAAGCAGCUUCUUCAAGUUUGAUGAGACGGCGGGAGGGAAUUGGGUGUUGGUUCGGUUCGUACUGGGGAUUAGCAAGUUGACUCAUUUAGUAUUCUGAUUAAUCAUCUCUUUUGGGGAGGGAAGUCAAGCCAUCACUCACAAGAAGAAAAAAAAAAUUGAAGUCUCUGUCACAUUUCAUGUGCAGUCUCUUUUUUUCUUUUGUAGAAAUUGGUGGUGGGAAGAGAGAGAUAAAGUGGGGGGUGGUGGAGGAAAGGAAGAGGCCGGAGAGGAGAGAAGAGGAGGUAAAGGGGCCGCAGCUGCUAAUGAUCUGUGCAUUCACGUGAUAUGUCGUACAACCACAAGGGACCAUCUCUCUCCUCUCAGAUUUACAUGAUUGGGAACCUCCUCAAGACCCCCCAACUGCAUCUGCAUGUGCCACCCUCCAUCCCUUCUCUUCUUUUAUUAUUUCUUUUAUUAUUAACCAGUGUUUUCGUUUUCUUUUUCUUCUCUUUUCCCUUUCUAUUCUUUUUUAUUUAUUUUUAUUUAAAUUGAUUUGAUUGAUUAAUUGUUGGGGCAGAAAAGAUAACCCCAUGUUAGAAGAUAAUUCAUUUGUAUUUCCUUCUAUUCUAUGUAGUUCAGUUGUUUUUGGUUUUUCGUCAAAGUGUAGCGGCACAAGUCUGUUUCCGUUUCUGAAUUGUAUAUUUGUAUUUGCUGCUUCUUGGAUGGAUGCCCGUAUGGAAACAGGUAAGAUGUCGUUCUUAAACACCUAUGUCUUAUCCCAUUCUUAUUAGAUUAACUCAGGAUCACUCGGUAAGGCCGAGGAAUAGCAACAGUCAAGAAACAAAACAAUCUGAU